GUACAGUACUGCCAAUGCACCGCAGCAAGUCGCCCUUUUGCCCUCCAACACACCUGAACCCUGUCUUUGUUGACGGGCAGGGGGUGGAACUUCCCAGGAGGAACCGUGCCCUGGAGAAAAGCAACGUUGAAGCCCCCCCCACUAUUCCAAAGAUCGGCAAGUGUUUUUCUUUCAGGGUCACCCCCCAGUAAAAACCCCCGGCCAGGUUCAUUGGGUACACUGCACAAGGCAACCCCCAAAGGCAGGGCAGUUUUUCAAUUUCUUUACCCUCUCUUCCACUCUCCACGGUCACAUACGACCUCUUUUCCCACUCCCUAAGAGCUCUCGUUCGUCGCAAGGCUCGUGGCAGGACAUUUGUUUGUUCCGCCGUUCCAUUCAUUCCGUUUGCGUGCUUUGUUUGCAGCUGUGCCUCUCUUUGACCGGCUUCUAAACACACUCUUUUCUUCUUUUUUGGUGCUCUACCAUAACAUAAUCGGCGUUGACGCUAGCUUCUCGGCUCCGUCGCAUUCAUUCUUUUCUUGUCGGCGCAGCAUUAUCGAAUUCAGCAAACUGACCUGUUCUUCGAACAUCGCCUCUCGGCAAUCGCGUUUUGAUUCUGAGCAGUUAUCAGCUGAAAGAUAUUUUUCUUACGAUUCGAUUGCAUCUGAUACUUGAACGCUCAGCGUAUAGAUUGCAGUGGAGAGAUAGGUGUAGGCCGUUGGAUCUGCACCACCCUCCUAUUUUUACUCACCUUCAGACGACAAGAGUAUUUGAUAUUGGUCCCUAGGACGACAACGAGCUUAUCAUGGUUCACCGAAGACACAUGCAGCUGCAUAAGCGGCAGAAGCUGCGAGCGAGGAAUGUUCAGGAGUUUGAGGAGGCUCAGUUGGAGGAUACAGCACUGAACGUGGAGAAGCGCCAGCGUGGGAGUCUGAAGGAUGCUUGGGAUGAAUUCACAGAGGGUGUCAGGGACGCGUUUAACCCGCAGCCGAAGACAACCAAGAACGAGGAGGACGACACACCUACAACGAAACCGCAAGCUAGUAGGUCUCAGACCACCACCACUCAGGCGUCGACGUCCAAAUCGACACACACGCCGACGAGUCGCAAUGUCGUGACAAAGACGGAUGAGCAGCUCAAGGGAACCCCUCUCCUGGUAGCUCCCAGUGAUUCCAAGACGACGGAAGCAUCUAACACGUUGCACGACUCGACCUUGCCCGCCUCUAUUGCUGCGCCUACGCAGACACUAGCUUCGGCGAGCGAUGCCCCAUUGGCGGUCGCCAAGGACACACCAACCAUAAUGUCAACCCCGAGCUCAACUCCCACACCAUCCAGCGCCGCAAGCAAGGCUGAUGAUGAUGACUCUGGUGGUGCUGCCUCCAAGGCUGGUAUCGCAUUUGGUAUCAUUGGCGGUCUGUUGGUUAUCUCCCUGCUCAUAUUCUUUCUGUUCAAGAAGCGCAAGCAGCAGCUGGAGAGGCGGCAGCUGCAGGAGGAGGAUGAAAAGUUUUCGGGAGCAUUCGCCGCGAUCCCCAACUCCAACGCAAGGCGAUCAUCUCGCCACCAAUCUUCCCGCCUGAGCCUGACACCUCUGAACCGACAGCCGACUCUGCCCUUGAACCUGAGUGGUGCUCCACCCGUCUACCCUAAGAACUCGGAUAACGCCUGGGAGAGGCCGCGCACCGGCAACAGCGCCAACAACCCGGCGAAUCCUUUUGGUAACCACGCCGAGACAAUGGAGCAAUCGUCCGUUUCGCCUGCUUCCGGAAAUGAUGAAUCUUCUAUCGCCACUGGAAUGCUCACUCGCAAGCAGUCAAUCCGCAAGGACGCACCUCACCCCCUUGACCUGACCCUGCCACCUGUACCCGGAGCCGCAGGUAGCCAAGCCAGCCCUGCCAGGACUGACUACAGCGGAAACGAACUGUCGCCUGGUGUUGCCGCUGUAGCAUCACCCGGAGCCGCCGCCAUUGCUGCUGCCGGUGGCCCUGCACAAUCUGCUGUCCAUCGUGUACAGCUCGACUUUAAGCCUACGAUGGAAGAUGAGAUGGAACUAAAGGCCGGCACUCUGGUGCGGCUACUGUUUGAGUAUGACGAUGGAUGGGCGCUCUGCAUCCGUUUGGACCGAUCCCAGCAAGGUGUCGUCCCAAGGACAUGCCUUUCCACCCGUCCACUCAAGCCCAGGACCGGUGGCCCACCUGGACAGCGACCAGGACCACCGGUCAACGCAUACCGGGGAGCAAAUCCCCCUGUUGCCAUGAAGACUCAGGGAUACAAGCCCCCGAGUCCAGUCGGCAGCAUGCGUCGCCAGAGCCCAACCCCGCCGAGCCCCAAGCAGCCUCAGGGACAUAAGCCCCCGAGUCCUGUCGGCAGCAUGCGGCGCCAGAGCCCAACCCCGCCGAGCCCAAUGCAGGCUCAGGGAUACAAGCCCCCGAGUCCUGUCGGCAGCAUGCGUCGCCAGAGCCCCACUCCGCCGAGUCCAAUGCAGACUCAGGGAUACAAGCCCCCGAGUCCAGUAAGCAGCAUGCAUAGGCAGAGCCCAGCGGAGCCUAGCCCCAUGCCGCCGCCUAAAGAACAAGCACCACUGGUGAACGGCCAACCAGGCCACACCCGGGCCAAGGAGUCGAUCGAGCGAAAGCCGGUCCCUGGCCAGGCCAUGUGA